UCUGUCAUCUACGACGCAUCUCUUCUCGAGCACCGCGACUAGUCCUUCAUCUACCUGGCCGCUCAUAAAGCCGUUCCCGCUCGCUCAACCGGGGAAACUCCACAGCACCUCAGAGCCGCAGACGUAACGAUGCCAGGUACCGAAUAACGUCGAGGAGAAAGAAAAUAUCCUUAAACCACAGCGAGCACAAAGUCACGCUCCGAUACGCACGACCACACGCGCGCACGGGAGAGAGCGGUUCACGCGCGGCAGAUGCUUCCCCGUCCUCGCUGAGAUGAUGGCUCUGUGGACGCUCUUCUGCAUCCUCGCCAUUGUGAAAAGCGGUGAUGGGGCAGAUACAGAAGAGAGACUGGUGGAGCAUCUUCUCAAUCCAGCUCACUACAACAAACUGAUCCGACCAGCGACUAAUGGAUCAGAAGUGGUGACAGUGCAGCUGAUGGUCUCGCUGGCGCAGCUCAUCAGUGUGCACGAGAGAGAACAGAUCAUGACCACCAAUGUCUGGCUUACACAGGAAUGGCAGGAUUACAGACUAACAUGGAGCCCAGAAGAGUUUGAUGGUAUGAAGAAGGUCCGUCUUCCCUCCAAGCAUAUUUGGCUGCCUGAUGUUGUUCUUUAUAACAAUGCUGACGGCAUGUAUGAGGUGUCGUUCUACUCCAAUGCAGUCGUCUCCUAUGAUGGAAGUGUCUUCUGGUUGCCACCAGCGAUCUAUAAGAGUGCCUGUAAAAUUGAGGUGAAGCACUUCCCGUUCGACCAGCAGAACUGCACGCUGAGCUUUCGCUCCUGGACCUACGACCGCACAGAAGUAGACUUGGUUCUGCGUGCGGACGUGGCAAGCAUGGACGACUUCACACCCAGUGGUGAGUGGGAUAUCAUUGCUCUUCCUGGCCGUCGAAACGAGAACCCUUCAGACCCAACCUACGUAGACAUCACCUACGACUUCAUCAUUCGCCGAAAACCCCUGUUCUACACCAUCAACCUCAUCAUUCCUUGCGUCCUCAUCACCUCGCUGGCCAUCCUGGUGUUCUACCUGCCGUCAGACUGUGGCGAAAAGAUGACGCUCUGCAUCUCGGUGCUUCUGGCCCUCACUGUGUUCCUGCUGCUGAUCUCCAAAAUCGUGCCCCCCACUUCUCUCGAUGUCCCUCUGGUUGGGAAGUAUCUGAUGUUCACCAUGGUGUUGGUCACAUUCUCCAUUGUGACGAGUGUGUGUGUGCUGAACGUGCACCACCGGUCGCCCACCACACACACAAUGCCUCCGUGGGUGAAGUUGGUGUUUCUCAACAAGUUGCCUGCUCUUCUCUUCAUGCGGCAGCCGCGUAACAGCAGUGAACGACAGCGUCUGCGCCAACGUCGGCAUGCCAACGAACAGCAGGAAGGUGGGCGAGGGGGUCUGGCUGCCGGGCUCAUGGCGGGAUUGGGUCUGAGCGGCUCUUCAUCAGGGAGCAAAGAAAACAAUGAGGCUUGCACAUGCUAUGUGAACCGGGCCUCUGUGAAACAGUUUGGGGCAGAGUUGGGUGGAGGGGGUGGUGGAGGGGGGUCAACAGAUGGACUAAACGGAAUAAGAGAAGGGGGCAGAGAAACCAGGGAAGGAGGUGCAAAUCCAUUGCAGGGAUCUGCUCUACCUCGGGGGAAACAGCAGCCCCCUACGGUCCUCACCCAGGCUCUGCUGGCCCAGGCCUGUCCAGGGUUUGAGGAGGCUGUGGACGGAGUCCGCUUCAUCGCAAACCACAUGAAGAGUGAGGAUGACGAUCGUAGCGUGAGUGAAGACUGGAAAUAUGUGGCCAUGGUGAUUGAUCGCCUGUUCCUCUGGAUCUUUGUGUUCGUGUGCGUCUUUGGCACAAUCGGAAUGUUCCUCCAACCUCUGUUCCAAAACUACACAGCCAAAACAAUCACCCACACACCAGGCUGACUAACCACCACCCCCCGGCACAACAAUGGACUCUACCCACCAUCAGCUGCGACAGGAGGGCGAAGGCAGGAGGGGGGGUCUGCCGAAGGGGAGGGCAAAUAUCACUCUGGACUAGCAUUAGGUUUAUAUGAACCUUUUUUGGAAUAUCACGCAGAGUGGGGAUUCGGUCCAGGAUUCUCGUUCAGGCCUCUCAUCCAGUCCACCUUCCCCUCCUUUUAGGUGACAAACCACACAAGCCAAUCGACAAGAAGGGAGACACCUGUUUACUUUGCUCAGCAGCCAAUCAGCACUCUUUUCUGCAAAUAGAAAGCCAUCCACCGCUCACAAGCUCUGAAACGAGCGGUCUGCUUCCUCAAGAGUCACAUGACUUCCGUUCGUUACCUGUACUUGCAAGGUACUCAGACAGGGACGAAUUAAAAUGCUUGUUCUUAUGUCAUUUCCAUAAGGUUUCCAUGCUCGUAUUUAUUUCAUAUGGUCUAGAAGCCUGUAAUGAUCCAUAUAUUUACGAAAACAGCAGCAGCAGUCUCUGUUCUAUAUGAACACACGGAUGGUCAUUAGACAAUGGGCUUUGAUGGUCUAUUGUAUUAUUAAUAAUUUACUGUACUUAAUGUGUGAUUUGUAUAAUUGCAACACACAACAUAAGAGCAACCUAAUAGGGAGGAUGCCUGAUGAUGUAGAAACAGAGCGAGCUCUUAAUGGCUGUAUGAAGAUUUAGUGGUACUAUAAAGUAUUAGGUUUAAGUCUUUGGUUUUGGGGAGGGUUGGUUCUCAACAUAAGUGUCCCAAGUUGUGAAUUUUCAGAACAGCACUGAAUGAUGAGCAGCGCCUAGGCCCUAAAUACAGUACUUUACAGAGGUCUGCAGUGGUUUGGACCAAAUGGCUAAUACAUAGACAAAUUCACGUUAGAGUGUGUUCACACUUGUAGUUUGGUUCUCCUGGUUUUCUAGGGAUGCUCAUAAUAACCGAUUACCCGUUAACCGAAAGGGUGCAUUUUUAACCGAUUAACAGUAUUUGUUAAAUGAUUAAAAAUAUUAUUAUAUAUAUUUUUUUAAGUUUGGCUGCAUAAGGGGCCUAUCACAGCGAACACGCUUUUUGUGUUGACGGGCAUCUUUUGAAUGGUUUACUAACGGCCGCAAGUGUUUCGCGGCACCCUGCGCGCCUCGCGUUUUUGCCAUUGUGUGCUGUGUGCUCACAAUUGAGAAAAAGUCAACUCUGAGCAGAAAAAGCAUGUGAUGUCAGUUGCGUCUUUUUCAUACUUCAAUUAAAUUAAAGCGAAGGCGGGGUUUCUGUUGAUUAAAUGCAUAUUUUCCGUAGAACGAGCGAUUUGAGGUAGCCUGCUAUUUUUAUUUGACCGGUUCUUAAAAGGAUUCAGUCAGUGUUUUCAUUUAGUAAUCCAAACUUGUCAUUUAAAUGAAAAAUAUCUAGGGCAGGACUACUUAUUUUAUUCUUUUUAUUUAGUUUAUUUGGUUUUUCUAUGCUGUUGGAAACACUGCAGAUGUGUGAAGAUGUUCUGUAUGCUGUUGUUCACGUUAAAAUAAAUCAAUAUUUUAUAAAUGCAAUAUUUGAUGUGCCAGACACAAAAUAGACAUCAAUUGAUUAAAUAAUAAUUUAAUAUUAAUCUGACCAGGUAACCGUUAAUAUUCGGUUAACGAGCAGCGGUUGUUGGUUUGCAAAAUUAACCAAUGAGCAUCCCUAUUUUCUAGGUAUGGAAAAUGAUACAUUUAAACCUGGUGCAGUGUUUGGAAAGGCAAACCUAAUGAUGCAAAGCAAAAACUGAUGU